CGUGGUGACGUCACAGAUAUAAAAUUCCGCCGCUCUACCGGAGGAAGGGAAACCGCUCAGGGUUCGGAGUCUUUGUGUUCCGGUCGUUUCUACUUCCGCUGUCUCGCGUCACCUCCCUUCAUCUGUCACAAUGUCUGACUUCUCGGAGGAUCAGAUUCUUGAGUUUAAGGAGGCCUUCCUGCUAUUUGACCGAACAGGAGAUGGGAAGAUCAGCUACAGUCAGUGUGGAGACGUGAUGCGAGCUCUGGGGCAGAACCCAGUCAAUGCUGAAGUGCUCAAAGUACUCGGAAACCCCAAAGCUGAAGAGAUGAACAUGAAGAUGCUGGAUUUUGAGCAGUUCCUCCCCAUGCUUCAGGCCAUUGCAAAGAACAAGGACCAGGGCUCGUUUGAGGACUUUGUGGAGGGUCUGAGGGUGUUUGAUAAAGAGGGAAAUGGGACAGUGAUGGGUGCAGAACUACGCCAUGUCCUCACCACACUGGGAGAGAAGAUGACUGAAGACGAAGUAGAGACACUGUUGGCAGGACAUGAGGAUGCAAACGGCUGCAUUAAUUAUGAAGAACUCGUCAGGAUGGUGAUGAGUGGCUGAAGAUUUCAGAUCCAGUUUAUGUCCUGUAUGUAAUUACCCCAGAUAUGCUCACGCCCCUCACAUUCCUUUGUCCAUAGUUUAUUUUUUUGUUACAUUUUUAUGAAGUGCCUUCAAACUGUUUUAUUUCUUCACCGUUCCUGAACCACAUGUCUGAGGAAACGUCCUUCUGUGUCUUUCACUGUGAAGUCAGAGGUUUAAAUGUUUAGUGUCAGUGACACACAUGUUAACGUAGACGUGCAGCUGUUCCAAAGGGUUCGUGUCCGAGAUGAAGGGAAAAUCUUUCACCCGCUGCAGCAAUACAGUAAAAAGUAGUUCUGUUACUUUACAUGUACCAGGAGGUUGUUUCUCUACACCAUCACCUACACAAAGCUCCAUCUCCUACACUGAAGACUUCGGUGUAGAGACAAAAUUCACCUACACACUCGAGUUAGGAGAAAUGCCACAUUAGAGCUUUGGCCAACAUGAACUUCCUGUAGUGUUAAGUGUUAGAGUAAUGAGUCGUGUGUGUGUGUGUAAACAUGCAUGUGUUAAUUCACUGUACCAGACCUGUGUUUAUUUACACACUUCCAUUUACUUUCUCCUCACCACGGUGUGGUCACAUUCAACUGUAAAUUAAUAAAUGCUGAGGUUUAACUAUAAA